CAAAGUUUUCUUUAUAGGAAAGUUUUCUCUUUCAAAUUCAAUUUCUUUAACAAGAAUAAAGCUGUUCAAAUCUACUUUUUCUUGGGUCAAUUUGGGUAUGUUUUAUCUUGCAAGGAAUUUACCACUCUCAGCUAAGUGGUCAAUGGAUAUUUCCAAUUAUCAUUUUAAAGUCUCUUCCAUUUUCAAGGAUAAUUUCCCUGACAACAGAAAUCUAGGUUGAGAGGAUUUUUUUUUCUUUCAGCCAUUUAAAAAUGUCCUUGCACUGUCUUCUUGAUGCAAUGCUUUGAGUAGAACUCAGCCUUCAUUCUUACAUUGUUCCUCUAUGUAAUAGCUGUACCUUUUGUGUAAGACUGUGACUGUGCACAAGCUUCUCUCUCCCAUUCAACGGUGAGUUCAGCGUAGGGCGGGCAUGCAUUUCAUUCACCUUUAAGAAGGGUCGUAGGUUAACUGAACUGGUUAGGGGAUAGGAAAGCCACAAACGAACUCCGGCCAGGUAAGCUACAGACGACAGCACAAACCACGUGCUCCCCAACGAGGCCUCCACCGUCAGGGCGCGAGCAGCCCGAGCUCAAACAGACUCCCUAGAACUUCUCCCAGAAACCGUCGGGCGGGGUGAAGAUGGGAGUCCCGCCCCGUCUCUCCGUUUUCAGCCGCCGUCCCGUUUGAAAACUUCGCCUGUGCUUCCCGGAAAUGAGUCUCAGUUCCUCCGCGAAGGUAGUUCCAGAAGCCGAGGCCCGGCUUGUCGCGGAGCAAAGGCCAGAGUCGGGGUCAGGGCAGCAGGAGGCACGGGACGAGCCGGAGCUCGACAGGCGGGCGUCAGAGCGACUGCGCUCCGGGAGGCGAUUCUCGGCGACCUCGGAGUCGCAGCUGCGCCGCGUCUCGGUGCGGCGGAGCUCAUCUCGGCGGUCGCAGAAGUCUGUCAACAAGAAGCCCCGCUGCCACACCGACUGCCUGGAGGCGCCGCUCAACCUCGCCUUCCAACGGCUGGGCUGGGCGGUGGGCUCGCACCCCUGGCUCUUCCUGCUGGGGCCCUUGGUGCUGACGGCCCUCCUAGGCACUGGCUUCGUCCACCUGCCAAAGGACAAGGAAGAAAACUUGGAGGAGCAGUACUCCCCGGUGGGGAGCCCGGCCAAGAAGGAGCGGUUCUUCGUGCAGCGACAUUUCACCACCAACGACUCCCUUCGCUUCUCCGCCACCAGGAAGAGCACCGAAGUCAAUUUCGCUAGCGUUUUGGCGUUCUCCCACACCCCGUCGCUGUUGGAACCUGACAUCUUUAGUGAAGUCAGUAAACUGGACCACGCAGUGCAGGCUCUGUUCGUGGUCCAGGAAGACGGGACCCGCAUCCACUACACGCAAGUGUGCGCCAAGGUCAGGGGCGGGUGCGUGCCAUCCAACCCGCUCCUGGCCGCCUGGCAGCGGAAGAAAGACUUGAACCUGAAAAACAUCACCUUCCCCGUCUACAGUCUCAACCAGCAGGUCAUCUACCUGACGCGCCUCGUUGGAGGAAUCAUCUUAGGCGAGAGGAAGGGAAAGAACCAGAUACUUGUGCAGGCCAAAGCCCUACGGCUGCAGUACUACCUGCAGACCGAGCUAGCGGAAGACAACGAGAAGAGCAAAAAGUGGUUGAUCCAUUUCCUGAACCAAUUUAGCGACAUGAAGGAUGGGCUAGCCUUGAAGAAGAUCCAGGCGGUCUACUUUACGUCACUUUCCAGACAAUUGGAAUUUGAGGCAGCUUCUAAGACAGUGGUUCCUCUGUUUCACUUGGCAUACCUUCUAAUCAUAUUAUUUGCAAUCAUGUCAUGCUACAGGUUUGACUGUGUACGAAACAAAAUGUGGGUUGCAAUCUUUGGAGUGAUUUCCGUUGCCUUGGCAGUAGUGAGCGGCUUUGGCCUGAUGUUGUACAUGGGGGUUCCAUUUGUGAUCAUAGUUGCAAAUUCACCAUUUCUUAUUCUAGGUGUUGGGGUCGAUGACAUGUUUAUCAUGAUUUCUGCCUGGCAGAAGACCAACCUCAUGGAUAAUACAAGACAGCGACUGUCCAGUGUCUAUUCAAAGGCGGCAGUGUCCAUUACAGUCACCACCAUCACCAACGUCCUGGCCUUCUAUACAGGGGUUGUGACCUCUUUCAGGUCCGUACAAUACUUUUGCAUCUACACAGGAACAACCCUGCUCUUUUGCUAUUUUUAUAACAUCACCUGUUUUGGAGCAUUUUUGGCCCUGGAUGGUAAGAGAGAAGUAGUCUGUUUACAGUGGUUGAAAAAGGCAGAGACUUCUGACCAAAAAUGCGCCUCUUUAAAAAGGUCCUGCUGUUUCCCAUUUGAUUCUCUCCCAGAUGAAGAUGGAAGUGGCAGCCAUCCAAUGAAUUUGUUCUUCAGAGACUAUUUUGGCCCUUUUCUCACAAGCACUGAGUCCAAGUGUUUUGUAGUGCUUUUAUACCUUUUGUAUAUCAUAAGCAGUAUAUAUGGGUGUUUCCAAGUACAAGAAGGUUUAGAUGUUCGAAGUCUGGCAAGUGACGAUUCCUACGUCACACCGUAUUUUGAUGUAGAGGAAGAGUUUUUUUCAGAGUAUGGCCCCAUGGUUAUGGUUGUUGUUACUAAAAAUGUUGACUACUGGAAUAAAGAUGUUAGGCAAAAAUUGGAACAAUGUAUGAUAGAUUUUGAAGACAAUAUGUAUGUAGAUAAAAAUCUCACAGAGUUUUGGUUAAGAACAUACGUGCAGUAUAUGGAAGAAGCAAAACAAGAUGUAAAUGAUAAAGAUACUUUUGUAAACAAUAUUCCCAUAUUUUUAAAUAAUUUUUCAAAUUUUAUAUAUGAUAUUAAUAUUUCAUCAUCAAAUGAAAUAGUUUCUUCUCGGGCCUUCAUUCAGACCAAGGAUGUUUCUACUGCAACCAAUAAGAAGAAGAUGUUACAACAGCUUCGAGGCAUCGCUGCCAAGUGUGAAAUUCCCCUACUCGUGUAUAACCAGGCCUUCAUAUAUUUUGAUCAGUAUGCUAUAAUAGUGGAAAACACUAUUCGAAGUGUCAUUGUUGCAUCACUAGCUAUGUUCAUUGUUUCUUUACUGUUAAUUCCUCAUCCAGUGUGUUCCUUGUGGGUAACUUUUGCUAUUGCUUCUGUGGUUGUGGGAGUAACAGGUUUCAUGGCAUUCUGGAAUGUCAAUCUCGAUUCCAUAUCCAUGAUGAAUCUUGUCAUUUGUAUAGGGUUUUCCUUUGAUUUUUGUGCACACAUAUGCUAUGCAUUUGUUUCCAGUUCUAAGCCCUCGGUAAACCAAAAAGCAAUUGAGGCGUUGUAUCUGCUAGGCUAUCCAGUGUUACAGAGUGCACUUUCAACAGUAAUAGGGGUAUGUGUUUUAUAUACAUCUAACACAUACAUCUUCAGGACAUUUUUUAAGAUUAUAUUUCUUGUUAUGGUGUUUGGGGCUGCUCAUGGCCUAAUUUUCAUUCCAGUAUUCUUAACCUUUUUCUGAAGCUUUGAUUGAAUGUCCACUAACAAAUCAAAGGCCACUUAUAGAAUUCCUGAUUGCCCCAAUUCAAUAGGAUAAAAAUGCACUACUAAGAAGAGUCAAUAAACUUAAAACAAAGGCAUGUUUCCUUAACCUGGAAUAUCAUUUUAAAAUGUUAUUUAAAAUAUCCUGAGAAAAAUUAGUCUCACAUUAAAAUAUCUUUACUAAAUUAGGAAAUGUUGUCAUCUUUUUUAUAGUCUGUACAAUCCAGUAUAAGGUAUAAGUUUCCAGUUAUUUUUUCCUUUGUUUUUUCAUUAGAAGUUUAUGCCUGAAAUUCAAGUAUUUCAUAUAUUGUUUUUACUAUAAAUGGAAUAUUAUUUUCAUUGUACUUCAUACAUGGAUUAUUAUGUGGAACUGCAGCUUAUUAUUUAUUCUCCCAGUGGCUUUUUGAUGCAUUUUUUUUCUGAAAUUUAAGAUUUUUUUUUUUAAUGUGCUUUAGGUGAAAGUUUACAGUGCAAAUUGGUUUCUCAUUCAAAAAUCUAUACACCAUCUAGUUCUUCUGGGCUCAGGUUGGUGGAGGCUGUGGUUCAUGUGGUCGAUUAGUCCUUUGGUUGAUGCAUUUUCUUAGCUGUGUCUUUGAUGAGCAGAAAUUUUUAAAGCUGAUAAAUGCACUUUAUCAAUUUUUUAUAGUUAGUACUUGGUCUCUCUAAGAAAUCUUCACCUAGUCAGAAGAUCGAAAAAUUUGCCUAUCAUUUUCCCCUCAAAGCUUAAUAGUUUUAAUUUUUACAUUUAGGUCUAUGAUCCACCACUAAUUAAUUUUUGUGUUUGUUGGAACACAAAUACCUGGAUAAAGGUUCAUUUUCUUCCCAUAAUAGUUACCCAGUUGUUCACCAUCAUUUGUGAAAAGACUGUCCUUUCUGCAUAGCAUUAACAUGGUACCUUGUGUCAAAAAAAUCUAGCAGUCCUUUAUGUGUGGCUCUGUUUCUGUUCCAUCGAUGUGUUUGUCUAUAGCAAGGCCAAUACCACAUUGCCUUGAUUACUGAAGCUUUCUAUUCUUUAAACUAGGUUAAGUUUUCCAACAUUUUCUUCUUUUCCAAAUUGUUUUGGCUAUUCUAGGCCCUCUGCACUUACAUAUUAAUUUUAGAAGCCCUUGUCAAUUCCUCAAAAAAAAAAAGCCUUCUGGGAUUUUGAUAGGGUUCUGAUGAAUCUACAUAUUAAUUUGGGAAAAAUGGAUAUCUUAGCAAUAUUGAGUCUUCCAGUCCAUCAACAUGGUUUAUUUCUGCAUUUAUUUAGGUCUUCUUCAAUUUCUCUCAGGGAUAUUACGUUGUGUUCUAAAAAAAAAAAAAAAAUUUUUUUCUAUAGAUUCACUUCUUUUAUUUUUUUAUGACAUUGUAAUUAAUAUUAAAUUUAAAUCAUUUUCCAAUUUUUUACAAGUAUAUAAAAAAUCUCAAAAAUUAAAUGGAAUGCAUAAACAUCAGUAUCGUAGGAAUUAGUGAGCCAAAAUGGACUGUUAUUGACCAUUUUGAAUUGGAAUAAUAUAUGGUCUCCUAUGCCAGGAAUGCCAAAUUGAAAAGGAAUGGCGUUGCAUUCAUCGUCCAAAACAGAACAUAUCAAGAUCUAUCCUGAAGUACAGCGCUGUCAGUGAUAGGAUAAUAUCCAUAUGCCUACAAGAAAGAUCAGUUAAUACAAUUAUUAUUCAAAUUUAGCACCAACUACUAAGGCCAUAGAGGAAGAAACUGAAGAUUUUUACCAAUUUCUGCAUUCCAAAGUUGAUCAAACAUGCAAUCAAGAUGCAUUGAUAAUUACUGGUGACUGGUAUGUGAAAGUUGGAAACAAAGAAGGAUCAGUACUUGGAAAAUAUUGCCUUGGUGAUAGAAAUGAUGUUGUAUAUCACAUGUAGAAUUUUUCAAGAUACCUUUUUUUCACCAGCAUAAAUGGCAACUAUAAACAUGGACCCUGCCAGAUGGAAUACACAAGAAUCAGAGUAACUACAUCUGUGGAAAGAGAUGAUGGAAAAGCUCAAUAUCAUCAGUCAGAAGAAGGUCAGGGGCCAACUACUGAACAGACCAUCAAUUGCUUAUAUGCAAGUUCAAGUUAAAGCUGAAGAAAAUUAAAUCUAGGAGAGCCAAACUACAACCUUGAGUAUAUCUAACCUGAAUUUAGAGACCAACUCAAGAAUAGAUUUGAUGCAUUGAACACUAAUGACCAAAGACCAGACAAGUUGUAGGAUGACAUCAAGGACGUCAUACAUAAAGAAAGGAAACGGGAAUUAAAAAGACAGGAAAGGAAGAAAAGACCAAAAUGGAUGUCAGAAGAGACUCUGAAUGUUUUUCUUUAACGUACAGUAGCUAAAGCAAAUGGAAGAAAUGAUGAGGUAAAAGAGCUGAAAAGAAGACUUCAAAGGGUGGCUCAAGAAGACAAAGUAAGAUAAUGAAAUGUGCUAAGACCUAGAGUUAAAAACCAAAAAGUUAGAACAAGCUCAACAUGUCUCAAGUUGAAAAACCUGAGAUAAAAAUUCAAGCCUUGUGUUGCAAUACUGAAAGAUCCUAGUGGUAAAAUACUAAACAGCACAGGAAGCAUCAAAAGAAGAUGGAAUGAAUACAAAGAAUCACUGUACCAAAAAUAAUUGGUACAACGUUCAGCCAUUUCCAGAGGUGGCAUAUGAUCAAGAACGGAUGGUACUGAAGGACCAAGUCCAAGCUAUGAAGAAAUUUCAAAAAAUAAGGCUCCUGGAAUUGACAGAAUACCAAUUGAGAUGUUUCAUCAAAUGGAUACAACACUGGAAGAGCUCACUUGUCUGUGCCAGGAAAUUUUGAAGACAGCUACCUGGCCUGUCUACUGGAAAUGAUCUAUAUUUGUGCCCAUUCCAAAGAAAGGUGAUCCAACAGAAUUUGGGACUUAUCGAACAAUAUCCUACUAUCACAUGCAAGUAAAAUUUUGCUGAAGAUAAUUUAAAAACAAUUGCACCAGUACAUUGAUAGAGAACUGCCAGAAAAUCAAGCAGAAUUCAGAAGAGGACAUGGACAUUGCUGAUGUCAGAUGGAUCUUGGCUGAAAGCAGAGAAUACCAGAAAGGUGUUUACCUGUGUUUUAUUGACUAUGCAAGGGCAUUUCGCUGUGUGGAUCAUAACAAAUUAUGGAUAACAUUUCGAUGAAUGGGAAUUCCAGAGCACUUAAUUGUGCUCAUGAGGAACCUGUACAUAGACCGAGGCAGUUGGUUGAACAGAACAAAAGGAUACUGUGUGGUUUAAAAUCAGAAAAGGUGUACUUCAGGGUCGUAUCCUUUCACCAUACAUAUUCAGUAUGCAUGCUGAGCAAAUAAUCUGAGAAGCUUGACUAUAUGAAGAAGAAUGGGGCAUCAGGACUGGAGAAGACCUAUAACAACCUGUGUUAUACAGAUGCCACAACCUUCCUUGCUGAAAGUGAAGAGGACUUGAAGCACUUACUGAUGAAGAUCAAGGACCACAGCCUUCAGUAUGGAUUACACCUCAACAUAAAGAAAGCAAAAAUCCUCACAACUGGACCAAUAAGCAAUAUCAUGAUAAACUGAGAAAAGACUGAAGUUGUCAAGGAUUUCAUUUUACUUGGAUCCACAAUCGAUGCCCGUGGAAGCAGCAGUCAGGAAAUCAAAUGACGUUUUGCAUUGGGCACAUCUGCUGCAGAAGACUUCUUUAAAGUGUUGAAAGGCAAAGGUGUCACUUUGAGGAGUAACAUGCGCCUGACCCAAGCUAUGGUAUUUUCAGUCGCCUCAUAUGUUGUGAAAACUUGACAGUGAAUGGGAAAGACUGAAGAAGAAUUGAUGCCUUUGGAAUCUAAGAACAGCAACGUAUAAAAAUACAUUUGGUUUUGAUAUACAUAGUUCAUAUUGUGUAACCUUGUUAAAUUCAUUUAUUAGUCUUGCAGAUUUUUGUAGUUUCUUUAGCAUUUUUUAUGUACACAAUAAUAUAAUAGGCAUAGAAAGACCAUUUGAUUUCUUCUAAUUUUUAUCUCAAGGAGCUCUAGUAGCACCAGUGGUUAAAAGACUCGGCUGCUAGCUCAGUGGUCAGUGGUUUGGACACACCAGCAACUCUUCGGGAGAAAGAUGUAGCAGUCUGCUGCCAUAAAUAUUACAGCCUUGGAAAUCCUAUGGGACAGUGCUGCUCUGUCCUACAGGAUCUUUAUGAGCCAGAAUCAACUCGAUGGCAGUGGGUAAUUUUUAUCUUUUGCAUUAUCUUACUUGUCGUGGAUAAAACCUCCAGUAAAGUGUUGAAAAGGGUGCUUAGAGGAGACAACACUGCCUUUCCCAACUUUAUACCGAGCAUGUUCAAUAUUUCAUCAUUAAGUAUGACGAUUACCUGGAGGUUUUUCAUAGACUUCUGUCAGAUUGAAGAAGCUCCUUUCUACUCCUAGUUUGCUCAGAUAUUUUAUCAUGAAUGGGUAUUGAGUUUUGUCAAAUGAUUUUUGUCCAUCUAUUAAUAUUUUAUCAUUUUUCUCUUUUCAUUUCUUAAUGUGGUAAUUUAUAUUGAAUAAUUUUUUUUAAUAUUACACCAACCUUGCAUUCCUGGUAACCCACAUUUAGUCAUGGCACAUUAUUCUUUUCAUAUAUUGAUGUUUUGAUUUGUUAAUAUUUUGUUAGUGGUAUUUCCUCCAGUGUUUAUGGGGGAUAUUGAUCAGUAAUUCUCUUUUCUUGUAAUGUCUUUCUCAGCUUUCGAUAUCAGGAUUAUGCCACCUUCAAGAAACAAGUUCAUAAGUGUCCCUCCUCCAUUUUCUUAAAUGUUUGGUAGAAUUUACCAGGAAAACCAUCUUGGUCUGUAGUUUUCUUUAUGGGAAGGGUUUCUAUUUCAAAUUCAAUUUCCUUAACAAAUAUAAGCCUCUUCAGAUGUUCUACUUCUUCUUGAGUCAUUUUAGUUAUGUUUCGUCUUACAAAAAAUUUACCUAGUUAAGCUAUAUGAUCAAUUGAUAUAUUCUUAUUAUCAUUUUAAUGUCACUAUAUUUAGUGAUUAAAAAAAAAAAAACCAAACCCAUUGCUGUCAAAUCAAUUCCAACUCGUAGCAACCCUGUAGGACAGAGUAGAACUACCCCCUUUCUUCUUUCUUAAAAAUCCUUUAAAAUUACAGAUUUCCUUCUAAUCUAAGCAUUGCUUUGGUUGCACCCACAAAGUUUGAUAAGUUGGGGUUCAUUAUCACUCACUUUCAAAAUAUAUUCUUAUUUACUUAGUGAUUUCUUCUUUGGCCCAUGGUUGAAACAAUGUCUGUUUUCUUCAUUUUUUUUGAAAGGAUAAUUUCACUGGAUACAGGAUUCUAGCUUGAGAGGUUUUGUUGUUGUUGUUUUGUUUUUCUUUUAGCACUUUAAAGAUGCCAUUGCAUUUUCUUCUUGAUGAAAUGCUUUGAUUAGAAUUCACCAUUGUUCCUCUCUCUUUUUUUUCCCCUCUAGCCCCUUUUAGGAGCCCUGGUGGCGCAGUGGUUAAGAACUACAGCCGCUUACCAAAUUUUUUUUUUUUUUUAGCCCCUUUUAGGAGCCCUGGUGGUGCAGUGGUUAAGAGCUACAGCUGCUUACCAAAAGGUCAGUAGUUCAAAUCCACCAGCUGUCCUUGGAAACCCUAGUCUGUUCUGCUCUGCUCUGUAGGGUUGCAGCAACUCGAGGGCACACAACAACAAGAGCUCCUUUUAAGGUUUAUUUAUUUAUUCAUUCAUUUUUUUAGUCAUGGAUUUUCAGCAAUUUGACUAUGAUUGGCUUGGGAAUGGUG